AUGGAAUCGUACCUCUCUGUUCGUGGCGAAGCCUUUGCGAGAAAGAAGCCGACGUUCCUUGGUGUUCUAGAAAAUGCCUGGGACCCGCUUCUCAACCCUGAGGGGAUUGUGAAUCUUGGACUAGCAGAGAACACUCUGAUGCACACCGAGAUGAAAGAAUUCAUGAAUUCGGAGAUACAAGUUGAUUCUCAUUCAUUGACCUAUGGUGACGGCUUUUCCGGGAGUCGAAAAUUGAAAGAGGCUAUAUGCCAUUUCUUGAAUAAGAAUUUCUCGCCUCACACGGCCCUUUUACCAUCACAUAUCACCGUUACUUCUGGUGUGAGUAAUGCACUCGAGUGCUCUGCUUGGGCUCUUUUCGACCAAGGAGAACACCUCCUGGUGGGGCGGCCUUAUUUCAACGCCUUUCGGUCAACCUUCAGUGAUCGGGCAGGUGUUGGACUGUUAGAAGUCGAGUUCGACAAGAUCGACCCAUUUGGCCUCGCUGCAAUCGAGAAACAUGAAGAAGCACUGUUGGCAGCGAGAGAGAGAGGUGUCAGGGUGAAAGCUCUUCUGCUGUGCUCGCCCCACAAUCCUCUGGGGAGAUGCUAUCCCGAACAUGUCUUGCGAGAAUAUAUGAAAUUCUGCGAGAGACACAAGCUCCAUCUCAUCAGCGAUGAGAUAUAUGCUCUCUCUGUUUGGGAGAGCCCCGAUCUCCCAGACCCAGUGCCAUUCAAAUCGGUGCUAUCAAUUAAUGCAGCUCAAAUCAUGGAUCCAGGCAAAAUUCAUGUUGUAUGGGGUCUGAGUAAGGACUUUGGGGCGACUGGGCUGCGUAUUGGAUGUCUGAUCAGUCAGUCGAAUCAGCGAAUUUUGGAAGCAACGGAAGGGAUAUCUCUGCUGAACUUCCCUUCGAGCUUGGCGGACAGCCUUGCCGCACGUCUGUUGAUGAACGACAAAUUCACGUCGUAUUACCUAAACACAAACCGUCAACGUCUCACAGAAAGCUAUGACUUUGUUACGAAAUUUUUGAAAUAUCAUGGAAUUCCAUAUCGUCAAUCCAAUGCUGCUUUCUUCCUUUGGAUUCGACUCGGAGCAGCUACAGCUGAUACAACAGCCACUGAUGAUGAGAUCUUGGCCAAACUUCAGAACAAAAGAGUCUACAUAGCUGCAGGAUAUGCAUACGCAAGCGAAGAAAGUGGUUGGUUCCGCAUGGUCUUUGCGCAUCCGAGGGAAUUUCUUGAAGAAGGUCUCAAGCGCAUGCUCCAAGCCUUGGCUUCAUAG